AUGCUCAGCCUGGCUUACAGCAUCGGGGUCCUGCUGGCCCUGGCAGGCGCCAUGGUCACGCAGGGCUGCAGGGAGUCCACCCACGACCACCUGGUGCAGGAGCUGCUGCAACGCAUGGAGAAAUCUGUCAAGCUUGACGAGCCACCGAACCCCAGCAUCCUGCUGGCCAUGAACCUGGCUGGAGCCACUCACGGCCACAUCCACAGAUGGCUGCUCCGGGAGAUAAAGAAGAAUGCAGUGGAGAGAGCCCGGACAGACAUGACCUCAGGAGAAGUGGCUCUGUACAUCCUCGCCCUCCUCUCCUCCUGCCAGAACCCCCGGUGUGUCCAUGCCAUGGGGAAGACCAUCAACCUGAUCCCCAUCCUGAAGCAGAAAAUGAAUGAGGAGAUAAACAAAAAAGUGAUCACCUGGUACGGAGAGAGCCUGGACAUUCUGGCCCUGUGCCUCUUGAAGGAAUACGACAACCAAGAUGCGGUCGGGGCCGUGGCCAAGGAGUUGCUGAACACCGGGAGCUCCCUCUGUGUGGACACCCAGGCCAUGGCGGUACUGGCGCUGGUGUGUGCCUACAACCACACAGACAAGCAGCAUCUGAUCCAUGACGCGCUAAAGGCUGUGACCAACAAUCUCCUGGAUGAGCAAAAGAAGGGCAAUGGCACGAUCGGGAAUAUCUACAGCAUGGGGCUGGCCCUGCAGGCUCUGGAGACCUCGAGUGAGUUUUACGCCCCUCGGAAGUGGGACCGUGCCCAGGCCUUCAGCGUGGUCUACAACCACAGCUACCAGCAGCCCAUGGCCAUGGCCCAGGUGCUGCCUCCCCUCGUGGACAAGUCGUACCUGAAUGCAGGUAGGUGGGGCUGUGCUGCCACCAACGGAAUGACCCCGAGCCAACAGCUGCCCCUGCCUCCAAUGCCGGGGACAUUCGGGGUACCCACCCUGCCCCCCUCCCCGCCCACAGCUCCCAUCACAGUGCAGUUCUCCAUCACCAACACGCUGAAGAAUUACUUCCACUACUCCACUUCGGUGUGUGUCCCAGAUAACUCCACGCUGCUUGAUGUGAUGAAGGUGGCAAGGAGUGAGAAGCCCGACAUCUUCUGCUUCAAGACGGAGCACAAAUCCCGGGGUCCCUAUGUGACCUCCAUCCAUGGGCUGGCUGGCAACACAACCAAAAGGACCUACUGGCAGUUCUUCAGCUGCUGGAGUCCCCUCCAGGAAGGGGUUGGCACCUACAAGCCAAAAAACUGGGAGCACAUCCAGGCUGUCUUCAGCACCUACUGA